UAAUUACUAUUAUUAUUUUUAUGCUCUGAUUAUUCCGGUACUUGUAAAAUAUGGCCAUUCACCUUAUGUUGUUAAUCUUCUUUACCUGGUUAAGCCACUGCCUCUGUGUUGAACCUUUUAAUUAUGUCAAAAAUGGGAGCAUUGGAUCAAAAGAAGCAGUACGAGUUGGUGUAAUUAUUGACUUGAAUUCAGGGGUUGGGAAGAUAGGAGAGAACUACAUAUCCAUGGCGCUUUCUGACUUCUACACUAGAUAUGCAAAUUAUCGGACGAGACUGAAUGUUACAGUGAAGAAUUAUGGGAAAGAUGAUGUUAUUUUUGCAGCAUCGGCAGCAUUAGAAUUGAUAAAGAAUGAACAAGUUGACGCAAUAAUAGGACCCCAAAGAUCAUCAGAAGCAAAGUUUGUGAUAGAUCUCGGAGAAAGAGCUCAAGUUCCCAUUAUUUCAUUCUCAGCUACCAGUCCUACUCUGUCUCCAACUCAGAGCCCAUUUUUCAUUCGGACAUGCCACGAUGAUUAUUCCCAGAUAAAACCCCUGACAUCCAUUGUUCAAGCAUUUGGAUGGCGCCAAAUCAUUAUAAUCUACGAAGACACGGAAUUCGGCAAUGGUUUGAUUCCAUAUCUAACAGAUGCCCUUCAAGAGAUUGAUACAAGGAUCGUUUACAGAAGUGCCAUUUCGAAACCAAAGAAUAUUCCUCUAGAGCUGGAGAAGAUAAAGGCAAUGGAGACUGUGAACCUCUAA